AUGCAAAUGGCUGAAAUUAGGGAAAAUUCACAAAAGGUUUUCCACAAGUGGAAGCCCAUAGAGCCAAUCGACUCCGAUAGUCAAGCCUACGACUUCGGAGAGAUUGAUUCGCUGCAACGCCAGUGGCUGCAUAUCAAGCGGCAGGUGGAAAGUUCCACGCCGGACGCAUACAAAGCCUUCACCGACCGUCUGAUCCGACGGUGGUCAAUCGAAACCGGCAUCAUCGAGGGCAUCUACGACUUAGACAGAAACGUUACGCAGACGCUCAUUGAGAAAGGAAUCGCCACAGACUACAUUGAGCGACGUUCCACGAACAAAGAGCCUGCCGAACUGGUACAGAUUCUCAAAGACCACGAACUCGCAAGUAAGAUUGUGGACGACUGGAUUAAGCACGGAAUUCCGAUUAGGAAAAAUUACAUCAGGGGACUUCACAAGCAGAUUCUGCUAAGCCAGCAAACUUACGCCGCGACAAACCAAGCGGGCAACAGUGUACAGGUACCCUUGCGAAAAGGCGAGUUUAAGAGUGAGCCCAAUAGUCCGACUCGCCCAGAUGGCGAAUUGCACCAGUAUUGCCCGCCCGCAUUCGUUGAGAGCGAAAUUGACAACCUGCUGGACUGGUACAGCGCGUAUGAAAGAGAAGGCUACCACCCUCUGCUUCUGGCGGCUUGGCUGCAUCACAGAUUUGAACAGAUUCAUCCUUUUCAGGACGGCAACGGUAGAGUUGGCAGGGCUAUACUGACCUGGCAUCUCGUCAAGUACAAGUACUUCCCAAUAGUCAUAUCGCGCGAUGACAGAGACGCUUAUCUAAAUUCCCUCGAAAAGGCCGACGCUGGGGAUCUUACGCCCCUCAUCAGACUCUUCGUGCGUUUGGAGAUAAAUACUAUCCUGCAUGUUCUUGAUGAAGGCGAGGCAGGACCUCCACUCACACCUGAUAUUGACUUAGUUGACCAGAUUUUAGACAGCAUAGUUGAACGCUCGAAUCGGCGGCGGCGUCUUGAGAUAGAAAAGAUGCGUUCAGUUAACAAUGUCGCCGCAGGGCUUCGUAGCCUGGUUUCUAGGUAUUUGUCCGAGAAGUCUCAACAUAUAAAGGAUAGGCUUGCGGUCGCGCAAAUCUACAUUGACCCUUGGACAGAAGAGGGAGGGCCUGACAAAGGUAAUGCCCAUUGGUAUCACAGCCAAGUGCUAAAGACCGCAAAUGAGUCCCGCCACUGGGUAAACUUCAAUGAACAUAGAUAUUUCGUCAAAUUGGCUUUGAACCCUAAUUUGCGAACGGCUAUGGAAUCCCCAGAUAUUGUACGUCUUGUGUUUGUAGUUUCUUUACAUCACACGGGACGCCAGCUAACUGGUGUAAUGUCGUCAACUGCUUUCUUGGAGUUAGAGUAUUACGACAGCGACACUAUUGAAUCAGCAGAUGUUGACAAUGUGACAUUUAAGAACUGUGCCAUCACUCCCUUUACUUUCACUUGGAACGACUCCGUCGAAGAAGUAAGCGACAGAUUCAUCAGAUGGACGGAAGAAUGCUUUAGCAUCGCCCUGCGUUACUGGAUGGAAAAUUCCUAA